AUCGGUUCAGAGACCAAGAUAGAGGCUGAGAAUGAAGAUAGACGAUGUUUGAGAAGAGAGAGACCCCGCCAUCGCCAUGGCACUCCAUCUUCGAUUCCCCAAUGUCCAAACCCUAACCCUAACCCUCAAUCGCCACACCAAUCCUCGCCCUCUUGCCCCCAUUCUCUCCAUCCCCGUCCUUCUCUCCACCCGCCAUUCCCUGCCUCUCCACCACCGCCGCUCCACUACCCGCCUUCUCGCCUCUGUCGACCAGGAAGAGACCCAGCUUCCUGUUGCUAGUGAUGAGCUGCAAGAUGCUAGCCCUGAGGACUUGGAAUGCGUUAAGGAUAUCCAACGAGUGCUGGAUCUUCUAAGGAAGAACAGAGACAUGACCAUUGGUGAGGUUAAGUUAGUUCUUUUGAUUGAGGAUUCUAGUUUUUCUGAGCGCAAGAGAUUGCUUGAUAUUGAUGAUCCUGAUGAUGAAAUUACCAAGGAAAACUUGAUUGAUGCUUUGCAAGAGGUGAUUGAUGGAAAAAUUCCGAAAGACACAGCUGUUCUUAAGUUGCUUGCUGCAGAGAUGAAUGAAUGGCCUGAUCUUGAGGUUGAAGCACCAAAAAAGGGUAUGCGCAGCAAAUCCCUUUAUGCCAAAGUAACUGACACCGGAGUAGAUCCAGCUGAAGCUGCCAAGAGACUUAAUCUGGACUGGGACUCAGCUGCUGACAUUGAGGAGGAAGAUGAUGAAGAUGAGGUUGAAGUGCCUCCGGUUUUGGGAUAUGGCGCUCUUUACUUGGUGACCGCUUUGCCUGUUCUGAUUGGAAUCUCUGUCGUGCUAAUUUUAUUCUAUAAUUCUCUCCAGUAGAGGUUUUCAGGUUUUACUAUUCCAUGUAUAAAGUCAACGAUCCAUGAUAGAUUAGGCAGCCCACUUACAUGAUCGACCCUGCAGCUUAUAUUUGUUGUAAUGAUAGACGGGGACAAGUUUGAAUUGUCACUUGUUUUUUUAGAGAAAUUUUGUUUAGGCUAAAGCCACCCCAUUUACUAUUAUGUAGAAAAUUUAUGUUUAGAGUCCAUGAAUCUGAUCUGGCCUCGAGAA